CGUGCAGGUGUAGGGGGGCUGCCGCCGGCUGUCAGCCGAGUACUGGCACCAGGCUGGGGCCCGGGGGCGUGCUGUGCUGGUGGUAGUGAGUGUGUUCGGCGGGGGCAGUCUGCAGCUGGAAUGUGUUUUCGGAGCGUCGCGCGCGGUCGGUCGCGGGUCGCGCGGGGCCGGGCGCGCGGGGGCGGCGGAGGUCGCAACUAGAGCGAUAACGAGUGAGUCCCCGCCGCCCCCGCGCGCCCCGCCCCCCGCACUCGCUGAUAAGGCGCAGCCGCGACCCCCGCGCCCCGCGGCCUUCGCCCCGGCGGCCGUACCGUACGUGUAGUCGUGUACCACAACAUAAAUAUAGAGCCGGAACCGUUACAAAAGUGCGACGCGUUCGACAUCACCGCGCGGUCCGUACCGCGAACACGGUCACCUGAACGUGAUGCAACUACCACCGGCUGGCUGAUUACCACAUCCCGCACUGUCCGCUGAGCACACCACUGAACAUGACAUUGCAGAUCCCACACCAAGAUUCAGUAAUAAUUGACACGAACUCCCGACCGCAUGAGCCAGAGAGCGAGGCGGAGUGCGGCGAGAGUCCGCCCCCGGCGCCGCAGUUCGCGGGCUACGCGGGGGGCUCACCCGCCAGCUACGAGGAGCUGCGCCCCGCCGUGUCGUACGCGCCGCUGGAGGACGCUCUGGAGCCCUACCAGCAGAGGUCGCCGGGCGCGCGCCCCGCCAGCCCCGAGCGAGGGGAGCCCGGCCGCCGCGACGACUACCGCCUGCCCUACGACCACUACCCACACCACCUGCCCUACCACCAGCUGGAGCCGGGCAGUGAGGCGGGCUCCGCGGGCUCGCAGGCGGUGUACGCGCGAUGUGGCUACGGCGCGGCCGGCUCGCCCUACUUCAACAAUGGCUCAGACCUCACGCACGCGCAGCUCUGGACCUCCGCCGGUGGCUCCCCCGGGUACGUGGGUAGCCUGGCGGACGAUCAGUACGCGGAGUCUGGUGGCGAGGGACCUGGCGGCGCCGGCUGUGAGGGUACAGGGGCGCUGCCCGCGUUCAGCGCGCGUUUCGGCGGCGCCUUCGCUGGGUCGUCGCGGGCGCCGGCCUCUGCGCCCUCCCCCGCUGCGGUGCCCUCCGCCGCGUACGCGCAAAAUGACAUGUGGCGCCUGGACUGCAGCUACCGGCCGCAGUACUCCGCAGCCGCUAGCCUCUCUGCCAUCGAGAUGGCGGAGCUGCUGACGGAGGGCCGCGAGUGCGUCAACUGCGGCGCGAUCAGCACGCCGCUGUGGCGCCGCGACGGCACGGGCCACUACCUGUGCAACGCGUGCGGCCUCUACAACAAGAUGAACGGCAUGAACCGGCCGCUGAAGCAGUCGCGGCGGCUGGUACGUCAGCGGCACGCGCCGGCCCCGCCCGCGCCCGCGCCCUCGCUCGACAUGGGCACGAAGCGGCCUGGCAUGGAGUGCAGCAACUGCAAGACAACCACCACAUCGCUGUGGCGGCGAAAUGCGCACGGCGAGACCGUGUGCAACGCGUGUGGUCUGUACUACAAGUUGCACAACAUCAACCGACCGCUUGCCAUGAAGAAGGACUCCAUUCAGAGUCGGAAACGUAAACCGAAAAACAGUUUAAAGGCGGAGCGUGCUCUCAGCAAGAGUAUCACGCACACCACGCACGCGACGCAUUCGACGCAUGGGACGCGCGUCGCGCACGCUCUCGGGUCAGCGGUUAAGAUCGAGAACUUGUUGGACAACGGCGGCGCGCGCUCGCCGCUGCCGCUGGGGUACUACGUGCCGCACGCUCCGCACGCGGCGCACGCGCAGCACGCGGCCGCCGUCAAGCUGGAGGAGCCGCCGCCGGCGCACGCGCACGGGCACGCGCACGGGCACUCGCUCGCGCACGGGCAGUACUACGAGGACGCGGAGUACCGGCGCGCGACCGACGCGCAGGAGCGGCCCUCCGUCGUGUCGCUGGGGAGCUGAGCGCCCGCCCGUCGCCGCGCCCCGCACAGAACAAAGUGGAGUCUCCGCGGCCGCGGCCGCCAGAAUCUCAUUCGCCUAGAAAUUAGUGACCGUGCGUGGCGAGCGCCGUGUGGCGUGAGGCCACACACCAAACGCCACACGGCGCCCGACCCGCAGCGGCGUCCUCUUAGUGUUAAGUUUUCGUACGACGCGGCCGCGCGCAGCUCGUGGACGGUCGAGCGUGUUCCUGUUCCCAAAUAAUGUUUAAAUUCUAUUCGAUAGGGGACAUUAUAUGAUAUGGUUUUCGUCACAGUCAUAAUAUUUAUGAGCUGUGUUCUGUGGUAGGCUACUCCUGCCACCCGUGACGCAGCAGACUCCAUCACUUGUUGAUACAUUCCACCUGCUUGUACUUGUAAAGGUUUGUGUGGUAGUCACGUGUUUUACAGUAGUGAUCGCGUUGUUCAAGGGGCACGGCCGCCCUCGAGCCCCGAUAGAGAAUCUCACUUAGAUAUUACUGUAUUGAUGUAAGUAUGGACCGACACGAGCCCGACCGCCCGACGUCGUGUCGUGUCAUCUUGUCGUAGUGUCGGUAGAUAUCCAAUACCAAAGUGAACUAUUGUCGCUAUGAAUAAUUUAAUUAUUAAGCUUUCUUAUUUUAUAACUUAUUACAAAAAUGGAAUAAUAAUCGUCAUAAUAAUAUAUUUGAUAAUUAAUUAUAUAACGCCAGAGUACAAUUAUUAUACAAGAACGUUUUCAUUAUUAGUGAGCGGUGACGGUCGCUGUCGCGUCACCCGCCCGUUUUGUAAAGCCGGCUACACACGCUCACACGCAAACGCACGGCCAGAAAGAAAUGUCUGCCGACCAAAUUAUGCUUAUAACCAAGUUACUAAAACUUAUUAUUUUCAAAAUAUUAAAAACAGAAUCUAAUAUUGGAACAUAAGUCAUCGGAGCUCUGUUCGGCUCCGCGCGAGUCCUCUCGUGUUCACUCGCGGUUAUUCAGUAAAUACAAUAUGUUAUAACUUAGAGCAGAUUGUUGCGUCGUGUGCCGUGUACUGGGUGACUCGCAGCCCCUCAUUACGUCACGACUUACCGAAUUAUGUGACUGCUGUUGAAAUGGUUAGAAUAGAUUGUAGAGCACAACACCAAACAAUGGUGCCUUCCUUAUAUAAUGUGUUGUGUAGAUAUAAUAUUUUAUAAAUUAUAUGAUACAUGUUGCUCAUAAUGUUGUAUGUAAGUAAAUUGUUUUAUUUUAGUCACUAUAUAAAUAUUGACACCUCACUUUAUUGUAAUCUGAGAAAAUGUGCGGAACCACGACUAGUCUCGUCCCGCGCCCGCACUCCGUUGCUCACAGAUACGUCACUUCGACAUGUGACUUGUUUCCGCUAUCUUUGUUUGUGUCCAAGUAUUGUGCCGCCAUUUUAAAUUGUUGAGAGUGCGCGCGGGCCGCGGCGUGUCGUCGGUUCCGUCGCCCGCGUCGUGUGUGUCACCUGACAAUAUAUGAGGUAUUGUCACCUGUGACUACUUCAUGAUGUACAUAAUAAUAGGGUUACAUUUGUAACAAAACUAUUUUAAUAAAUGAAUUUACAACCAA